AUGCACCACUCUCAGUUGGCCCCAUUGCCCAACGACUUGCCUUUCCGCAUCGUCUCCAAAACCAUCGGCCAAGGAGCCUACGCUUGCAUCAAGAAAGCCUGUCCCACCAGCUCCGAUAACCCGGUCUUCGCCGUCAAGUUCAUUCAUAAGGAAUACGCCGCGCGACAUGGCAAGAUCAGCGCUCGACAAUUGCAGAUGGAGGCCACCGUCCACAAACACAUCGGCGACCACAACAACAUCAUAUCAUUCUUCCAGACCGGCGAGGACGGUGUGUGGCGGUGGAUCGCCAUGGAGCUGGCCGAGGGCGGGGAUCUCUUUGACAAGAUCGAGGCCGAUGAGGGUGUGGGGGAGGAUAUCGCGCACGUGUACUUCUCCCAACUGGUCAGUGCAGUCGGAUACAUGCACUCGAAGGGAGUGGGCCAUCGCGACAUCAAGCCUGAGAACAUGCUGUUGACGGCCGACGGGAAUCUAAAAAUUGCCGACUUUGGCUUGGCUACCUUGUUCGAAUACAAGGGCGUUACCAAACUAUCCACCACGUUCUGCGGCAGUCCCCCGUAUAUCGCCCCCGAGGUCAUUUCGUGCAGUAGCAAGAACCAAGUCAAAGGAUCGGGUUAUCGACCAGAUCUGGUGGACAUCUGGUCCUGUGGGAUUGUUCUCUUCGUCCUUCUGGCCGGAAACACGCCGUGGGACAGUCCCACAGAAAACAGCUACGAAUUCCACGAGUAUGUGGCGACCAAUGCCCGGACGACUGAUGAACUAUGGCAGAAGCUGCCCGUGGCGACCUUAUCGCUCCUACGUGGCAUGCUGAACAUUGAUCCAAACAACCGCUUCUCGUUAGAGGACGUCCGCAGACACCCGUGGUACACGCGACAGAACAGAUUCCUGUCGCCGGAUGGAAAGCUGAGAGAUUCUAUCAACUUGGCCACCACCAUGUUCGAAUCCCUGCACAUCGACUUCUCCCAAGAUCCUCUCUCCCGACGGAUCAAGGGCGGCAGCUUUGACGCGGGCAACAUGGAGGUGGACAAUGGCGACGAUGACGGUGUCGAGCAUCGCAUCUCAUCGACGCAGCCUGAGAUGCCGCGAGGGGAUAUGUUGGUCGACUGGGACACACCGCAUCUGUCUGAUGUUUUCUCAUCUACCCAACCUUUCACGAAGCCGUUCUCAGCAGACGAUUCCCUCGUUGCCGAUGCUCUGGAGGACGAACCAUCCAUGUCCCAAUUCUCUCCUCAUCCCUCUGUGCCGCUCAGUCGGACACAGAAAGCACAACGUUUCCGCGAUAUCGUUCCUUCCCGACCCAUGACACGGUUUUUCUCGACAUGGGAGCUGAAGCUUCUCGUUCCGCUGAUCUGCGAAGCGCUUCACCGUCUUGGUGUGCCUGUUCCAUCCAUCCCCGCCGUCUCUGUAGGUGAUACCUCUGCCAUGGUUCGCAUCGUGACGCGGGACGGGCGGAUGUGCACGCUGCAAGGCAAAGUACUCAUCGAAUGCGUCUCCGAGGGGCUGUUUGAGAUUGAAUUCGUGAAAGUCAAGGGUGAUCCGCUCGAAUGGCGACGCUUCUUUAAAAAGGUCGCCGUUCUAUGUAAGGACGCCGUUUACAAGCCUGACGUGUGA